AUGUAUUCCCACGCGCCUUACGGCGAGCGGCGGCGGGGCCGCCCGUCGCCCGCGGAGUUUUACCUCGAAGACCGCGGCGAGCGCGAGCGACGUCGCGCGGAGAUCGGCGGAUUCAGCAAGGACCUGGACGAGAUGCGACAGCGACUGCGUGCGAUGCGAGUGGAGGAGACGCAGGAGAUUCAGCAGCUGCGGCAGAAGCAGGAACAGGCGGCGUUCGAAGCGGAGCAGGCGCAGAAAUUGCGCGAGCAGCAGAUUCUCCUCCUGCAGAAGCAGCGCCAGUUGUCUUACGCCACGUGGCGCGGCGAAGGCACGCGUCCGUACGAGUCGCCGUUCGAUAAGGAGUCGGAGCUGCUACCCUCCGCGUAUCACGCUGUGGUCGGCAAGCCGCACUUACCCGUCGCGAACGCACCAGUAAGAGUCGACCACGUGGAGCUUCCUCCCCCGGUUUGGUCCGCGUCACGUUCGUCCGCGAGCCUCUUCAACUACGCGAGCCGCGGCACUGGCUCUAUUAGUCGGGCCACCGGAUCCGGCGCGCGCGGCUUGGGCGCCGCAAUGCCCGGCGCCAGCAGCGGCGCGAGCCGGAGCAGCGGGGGAAGCAGCUUGUCGGACGCCGUUUGCUCUAGCAGCAGCAGCGGCGGCUGUGACGUGACGGAUAGCCGUCAGCACUACGGGAGCAGGUACGUGACGGCCGGGGCCUACGGUCACGGCGGUAUCGCGAAUGACGUGGCGAUGACGUCACACCCGUUUAGCGGCGUUGUCCCUCCGUACACCGGCUUCAGCUUGAAGAGCGCUACGAGCGAGGCUGGCGAGAGCGCCCGAUACAAUCACACGCGCAGCGCAACCAGCAGCAGCAGCACGGACGAAAUUGACGACUCCGCGGAUUUCAACCCGCGCAGCCAGGGCAACCCGGUCGCGCUACCCGUUCCGAAACUCCCCAUUCCGCCUGCUCGCGCGCCCAACCCCCUCGUUGCUGCCUCACCGCAGACCAUCCCGCUCGCUACUAGCACAUUCGAUAGUGGCGCUCAGGACAGUGUCAUGGCGGGCGUUUCGUCCUCGCCGCCGUCCGAACCUUUGGAGGAGCUGCCAUCUGAACCGUCCACCCCGAUCGUCCUCUAUUCGCCCACCGCGUUCGCCGCUCGCCACCCCUCCAUCCAGCCGUCGUUCAGCUGCUUUCUCACCUCCUCCGCACUGCACUCCUCCGCUUCCCCCUUUUCCUCCUCCUCUCCCCCUUCCACCUCCGCCUCCUCGUUCUCCUCCCCCGUAUCCUCGUCUUUGUCAGCCUCGCUAUCCGCUACUGCUGAUGCUGCGGAUGCUGCCGAUUCCGAUGACGCGCCUCUUCUUUCGUCAUCGACUGAACGUGGCUCUGCGCACGCUGCUCGUUAUAAUCACUACGCGGAAGACGCGCUCAAGGCUUCCGCCUGGAGCCCUCCGCGCGGCUCUCUUUCGCCCCCUCCCAGCGGUUGCGCGGAUGCUGUUAUUGACGAGCCCUUGCCGCCCGCAGCCACGUCAGCGCAAUCAGACGUGGCAGAUGUGACAUGGCAGGCACCCGAGUCCUCCCCUGCGCAUUCCUUCGCUCACUCCGCAAGCCGCGCCGCGUUCGACGGUGGAGUUACUCCUUCUCUGCCUCAUGCAUCUCUUUUGAUGUCUUCUCACGACUUCGCAGAGGCAGCGGCGAACGCGGCUAGCACCGUACCUGGCGCCGCAUCUUCCGCCGCGAAUAGCGCCGCAACAGCCGCCGCCGGUGGCAGCUCGUUUCUCGGGAACCUCUUCUCAUGGACGCGCGCAGAAGCGACAGCGCAGCCGCCCAAACCUGUGUCACUGCCGCCCACGCUUUCUCUCGCUUCAGCACAGGUGUUCACGGGACCAGAAUUUCACUCCACGUCAUCCUACUUCGGCUCCACGUCAUCAGGCAGCUCCAACCGUUCGAUCAACGGCUACGAUGCCGAAUCGGAGGGGAAAGGAGGGGAGAAUGGAUUUGAGAACAAUAAAGAGGAUGACAGUGCCGGCAGCAGUGUUGGAGGUGGCAUUGGCGGUGGGAAGGGAUACGCGUUAUUGAGCUUGGAUGAAGGCGACGCGGUGACGUUUAACGAAGCGAGCCCGUCUUGCUGGGCUCCCACGUCAGCAGCCACGUCAGCAGGCACCACCACCACUAGUGCUCCUCCUGCUGCUUUGUUUGCGAGCAUGGGAGGCAAGGGGAAGGCGCCCAAGUCGUCGUCUAAAGCGGCUGCUGCGGCCGCCAUUGCUGCCGCCGCUGCCGCCAAGAUCGCCGCGCUGGGGAUUGGGGGGAAGGCGGAGGAGAAGCGGCAGGCGGAAGGGGGGGAGUCGGGAAGCCGGGGGGAGGAAGAAGGGGGAGAAGGGGAAGCGGAUGAAGACGAGGAGGAAGCGGAGGGCGGAGAGAGGAGAGAGGGAGCGCGAAAAGCGUUCUGGGAUGAGGGGGAGUAUGAGGGGGAGGGAGAGGCGGAAGAGGAGGUGAACGAGAUAUUGGAGCUUCAGGAGUGGAUGGAGGCGCAGAUGCUGGUUGAGGGGGUGCGGAGGGCGCUCACGCGCGGAGGGACCGGGGGAAGCGGAGCGGUCGGGGGAAGCGGAGUGGGGAGAGUGAGUGAGGUGGAAACUGGAGGGGGAGGAGGGGGAGCGGCAGCAGCAGGAGCAAGAGCAGCAGCGAGUGUGUGUGAUGCUGAGAUGGAAGCAUGGAUGCUUGCACUGCCUCCGCUGGUGGUGAUGGCUCGUAGUGAUGAUGGGGUAGAGGAGACGAGUGAGGAGGGAGAGGUGGUGGAAGAGGAGGGAGAGGAGGUGGAAGAGGAGGAGGAGGUUGAGGUGAUUGAGUUGGAGGAAGGGGAGGAGCUGGAGGAGGGAAUGGAGGUGGUAGAGAUUUUGGAGGAGAGGGAGGAGGAAGAGGAGUAUGAGCAGCAUGAGGAGGAGCAUGAGGACGCAAGGGAAGAAGCGGAGGUUGUGGAAGAGGGUAGUGAGAGUGCGAGCGACAACGAGUGUGAUGAGGAUGGGCAUGGUGGGGAGGCGUGUGGAAGUGAGGGAGAGGAGAGGGAAUUUGGCAGUGAAUGUGGGAGUGAGUAUGAGAGUGAGAGGGAGAGUGAUGAGGGGAGUGUGAGUGAGAGGGGCAGUGAGUGUGGGAGUGAGAGUAGGAGCGAGAGUGGGAGUGAGUGUAGGAGCGAGAGUGGGAGUGAGUGUGGGAGCGAUAUUGGGUCAGUGAGUGAGGCGAGUGAGGGUGUGAGUGUGAGGAGCGGAAGUGAGAGUGAGGAUGAGAGGGAGGAGAGAGAAGAAAAUGAGGAUGAGAGAGUGGAGAUUGAGGAGGAGAGGGAGGAGAGUGAGGAUGAGAGGGUGGAGAGGGAAGAGGGUGAGGAGAGGGAGGAGAGUGAGGAGGAGAGAGAAGCGGAGAUCGAGGAGUGCGGUGGUAGUGAUGGAGGGGAAGUUGGUGAGAGUGAGGAUGAGAGGGAGGAGAGAGAAGAAGAUGAGGGCGAGAGAGUGGAAAUUGAGGAGGAGAGGGAGGAGAUUGAGGAGGAGAGGGAGGAGUGUGGUGGUAGUGAUGGAGGGGAAGAUGGUGAGAGUGAGUGUGGGAGUGAGAAGGGAGAGGAGGGCAGUCUGGAGAAUGAGGGAGAGGACGAGGAUGGGGAGGAGGGAGGUGAAAGGAACGCGGGAGAGGAAGCUGCUGAGAGUGAGUGCGGGAGUGAGUGGGAAGAGGAAGCGAGUUUGAAGAGUGAAGGAGAAAGCGAGGAUGAGAGGGAAGAGGGCAUUGAAGCGAGGGAGGAGGAGGAGGAGGAAAUGGAAGCGAGGGAAGAGACGGAGGAGAAGGUAGAGAGGGAAGAGGAGGAAGGGAUUGAUACCGAGGAGGGAGCUGAAACAAACAGUGAAGAAGCAGAAGAAAUAGUGAAAUCAGAAGAGGCAGAAAGUGAACUGAAUGGUGCGUGUGAGGACGCGGGUAUAGUAGUGUGUGAGGAGAGUGCUGAGAGUGUGGAAGAGGCACAGGAUGAAGAAGAGGAGGGAGAGAAGGGAAAAGGAGUGCAGGAGAGUGUGGAGUUGAGUGGUGUGGAGAGAUUUGAGGGGAAGGACGAUGCUGCUUCGUGCACUUCCCCUUCGUGCAGCGAUGAGGGGAGUGUGAUGGGAGGAGAGGGGCACGGUAAGGAGAGAAGGGAUGAGACAACAGACGCGGCAGGGAGCGCUGACCUGGCGGGAACCGUCCUUGAUGCUGCUGAUGUGGCAGAUGCUGAUGUGGACGAAGGUGCAGACGUAACAGAAGGAGCUGACGUGGCUGAAGAUGCGGAUGUGUCAAGUUGUGCUGAUGUGGCACAAGGAGCUGAUGUGUCAAGUGGUGCUGACGUGGUAGAAAGUCCGGAAGCAUGUGACAGGCUGGCAGAGGACGCUGGAUUAGGCGCAGGGGGGAAGGAGGAAGGGAGUGAGGAGGAAAGUGAGGAGGGAAGUGAGGAGACGACAGACGGGAAGGAGAUUGAGGAAGCAACAGAGGAAGGAGUGCAACUAGAGGAGGGCGAGAGGGAAGAGGAGGCAGAGGAGGUGGAGGAGGGAGAAGAGGAGGAAGAGGAGGAGGGAGAAGAGGAGGAAGAGGAGGAGGGAGAAGAGGAGGAAGAGGAGGAGGGAGAAGAGGAGGAAGAGGAGGAGGGAGAAGAGGAGGAAGAGGAGGAGGGAGAAGAGGAGGAAGAGGAGGAGGGAGAAGAGGAGGAAGAGGAGGAGGGAGAAGAGGAGGAAGAGGAGGAGGGAGAAGAGGAGGAAGAGGAGGAGGGAGAAGAGGAGGAAGAGGAGGAAGGAGUGAUCUAUGAGUUUGUGAACGAGGAGGAUCUCGAGGAAGGGGAGGAGAUCGUUGAGUUCGUGUAUGAAGACGAGGAGAGAGAGGAGGGAGAGGGAGUGGAGGGAGAGCAAGGAGAGGAGGGAGAGGAGGAGGAGGUGGAAGAAAGUGGGGAAGAAGAGGUUGUGGGAGCAGAAGAGGAGGAAGGGGAAGAGUAUGAAGAGGAGGAAGGAGAGGAAGCGUAUGAAGUAGUGGAUGAAUUGGAAGAGGAGGACGGGGGAGAGGGUGGGGAGGAGGGAGAAGAAGCGGAGGAAGUUGAUAUCUUGGAGGGCGAGGGGGAGGACGAGGGGGAAGGGGAGGAGGUGGAGGAGAUAUUAUCGGAGGAUGAGCGGGAAAAGAUGCUGGAUGAUAAUGGUUACCUUGAUGAUGGUGGGGAGGAGGGGGAGGAGGGGGAGGUGGAAGAGGGGAUUGUAGGAGAGGAGAGUGUGGGCGAGGAGGAUACGCUGGAUGGUGGGGAAAAUGGGGAGGUGAAGGAGGAGGGAGAGGAGAGUGAGGGAGGCAUGGAGAGGGACGGAGAGGAGGGUGAGGACGGUGAGGUAGGAGUGGGGAGUGAGGAUGGAGAGGGAAGCAGGGGAGAGGAGGGGAAAGAGGAACGUGAGGAUGUGAGUGUGGGUGCGGAGGAGGGGAGUGAGUAUGGUGAUGAUGUGAGCUUGGGGAGUGAUGAGGAGUACGAGGAGGUUGAGGAGGAGUAUGAGGAGGUGGAGGAGGAGCUGUCUUAG